GUUCUGUGUUCUGGCUGUCUGUACUGAGUUGCGCCAAGCAAAGCACUUGUGAGUGUCUAGUACUGGGGUGAAAAUGAUAGCUUGAGGGCUGGGAGAAAUAAAAAAGCUCAUUGGUGACCCAACACCUAGGCAGACUGGUUCUCCUCUGCCUCUCCACACCCCUUUUUUCACUUUCCCCCCACACGCGGCUCCAACAUUCUGCAAACUCAGUAGGUUUUCAAAAUGUCAACUAUCAAGGAGAAGCUUAUUGAGAGUCUAAUUGAGGAAGAUGAAGCCUCCCAGAGUAAGAUCACCAUUGUUGGAACUGGUGCUGUAGGCAUGGCUUGUGCUAUUUGUAUCUUAUUGAAGGAUUUGGCCGAUGAACUCGCCCUUGUUGAUGUCACAGUGGACAAAUUGAAGGGAGAAAUGAUGGAUCUUCAGCAUGGCAGUCUUUUCUUUAAUACUUCAAAGAUUACCUCUGGAAAAGAUUACAUAGUAUCUGCAAACUCCAAAUUAGUUAUUGUGACAGCAGGUGCACGGCAACAGGAGGGAGAAAGUCGCCUUGCCCUGGUGCAACGGAAUGUGAACAUCAUGAAAUCAAUCAUUCCUUCCAUAGUCCAGCAUAGUCCUGACUGUAAGAUGCUUAUUGUUUCAAAUCCAGUGGAUAUUUUGACAUAUGUGGUCUGGAAGCUAAGUGGCUUACCUGCAACUCGUAUAAUUGGAAGUGGUUGUAAUCUAGACUCUGCCCGUUUCCGUUACCUAAUUGGAGAGAAGUUGGGUGUCCAUCCCGCAAGCUGCCAUGGUUGGAUUAUUGGAGAACAUGGUGAUUCUAGUGUGCCUUUAUGGAGUGGGGUGAAUGUUGCUGGUGUUGCUCUGAAGACUCUAGACCCUAAAUUAGGAACUGAUUCAGACAAAGAGCAGUGGAAAAAUAUCCAUAAACAAGUUGUUGAAAGUGCCUAUGAGAUUAUCAGGCUUAAAGGAUAUACCUCUUGGGCUAUUGGACUGUCUGUGACAGAUCUGGCAGGAUCAAUUUUGAAAAAUCUUAGGAGAGUGCAUCCAGUUUCAACUAUGGUUAAGGGCUUAUACGGAAUAAAUGAAGAAAUCUUUCUCAGUAUCCCUUGUAUCUUGGGGCGAAAUGGUGUCUCAGGUGUUGUGAAAGUUAACUUGAAUUCGGAGGAGGAGGCCCUUUUUAAGAAGAGUGCAGACACACUCUGGAAUAUCCAAAAAGACCUGGUAUUUUAAAGCCUCUUAAUGUUUCACCGUUCCAUAGAACAAAAGAUAUC